ACAAAAUAGCCUAGGGGUUAUAAAAUGGAUUUUGUCAGUAAUAAACGUUUAAUACUUCUAAAUAAUAAGAUUCCGGAGGGCUAUUAAAUAGCCCUCCGGAUCCAAACAGGCCCAUUAUUUAUCUCACUCUCUUUCUAGCUCGGUUUAUUCUUAUCUCCUCGCCUCCACCUCCUCACCUGUAGUUUUCCUCUCCUCCUCCUUCUCCUUGUCCUUCUCCCAUGGAUGAUAAAACCCGCGCGGUGAGCUGAGUUGAUCUCUCUCUCAAGAACCGAGCGUGCUCUGGCGAUGGAGGCCGUCGUCGGCGUCAAGUACAGGCCGGUGGUGUUCCCCAACGGCGGCGCGGCGGCGGCUGCGGCGGGGAAGAGCAAGGCGACGCCGGCGUCGGCGACGGCGGCGGUGUACAGGGAGUGCUUGAAGAAUCACGCGGCGAGCUUGGGCGGGCACGCGGUGGAUGGGUGCGGGGAGUUCAUGCCGUCGCCGGCGGCGGAUGCCGCUGAUCCGGCGUCGCUCAAGUGCGCCGCGUGUGGGUGCCACCGCAACUUCCACCGCCGGCUCCCCGAGGCGCCGCCCUCCCCGCCUCUCCUCGCGCUGCCUCCGCCGCCGCCGCCACCGCCACCGCCACCGCCGCCGCCGCAGCCUCAGCAGCAUCUGCCGCGGACCGCGGCGGUGGCGGUGGCGCCGCAGCUGCUGCUGCAUGGGAGCCACCAGCGUCGCGAGCAGUCGCCGGAGACCGACCGCGUGCGCGGGCCCGGGCACCACCACGACGACGACGCCGCCGCCGACGAUGAUGAUUCCGAGGACUCCGAGAUGUCCGACUACGACGACGACCGCUCCGCCUCGCCGCUGCAGGCGCCGCCACCGGUGCUCUCUCCGGGGUACCUCCCCUCCGCGACGCACAUGCUGCUGUCGCUUGGCUCCGCGUCCGCCCCGGCCGUGGCGGCGUCGAGGCCCCACGCCGCCGCCGCCGCCAUGGGGCCCCCGCCUCCGCCGGGCGCCGCGACGUCGGCGUCGAGGAAGCGGUUCCGGACCAAGUUCAGCCCGGAGCAGAAGCAGCGGAUGCAGGCGCUGUCGGAGCGGCUCGGGUGGCGCCUCCAGAAGCGCGACGAGGCCGUCGUCGACGAGUGCUGCCGCGAGAUCGGCGUCGGCAAGGGCGUCUUCAAGGUCUGGAUGCACAACAACAAGCACAACUUCCUCGGCGGCCACAGCGCCCGCCGCUCCGCCGCCGCCGCCGCCGCCGCGCCACUCGCCCCACCACCAGUGCUCACUGACUUCAGCAUCAACGGCUCGCCGCAGUCGACUUAAUCAAGACUAGUAGCACAGUCGAAUCAAGGUUGUCUCUUUCUUUUCUUUUCUUUUUUUUUUCCUCUUUUUUUGUAGCCUUUUUCCUGUCUAAUUAACCAACCCUAAUGGCUAAUGAAAUGACUCAUCAGUCAACCUAGCAAGUAGUAGUAGUAGCAGCAGCAAAUUAGCUUUUGCUCUAAUGGUGAGGCCCAAGCAAAGAUUAGAUUCAUAAACAAAAAUGUGGCCUUUUUUUUUGGAUCUGAUGAAGAGAUGUCAAUGGAUGAUGCAGGGACAAUUAGUACUACCACUAAGUACAGUGAUUACUAGCUUUGUUCUUGAGCUAAUCUGGGUGUGCAUGGAUAAUGAUGAUGAUGAUGUGCUAAUCGGAGUCCUAGGUGGGGUAGUGUUCUAGUAGGAUCUUAUGCUGUCCUUGAGUGAAUAUAAUUUUUUUUGACGGUUU